AUGGUCAAACACUUGAUUUUGUUCUUGACAAGAAAUUGAGGGGGAUUUUCCUUGAGCUUACAACUAUAUGCAAAGUGGUUAUUUGUUGCAGAGUAUUACCACUUCAAAAAGUACUUGUUGUAAAAUUAGUGAAGUAUCACCUUAAAGCCAUUCUUUUGGUUAUUGGUGAUGGUGCAAAUGAUGUUUCAAUGAUUCAAGCAGCUCAUAUUGGUGUUGGAAUUAGUGGUCUUGAAGGAAUGCAAGCUGUUCAUAGUGCAAAUGUAUAUUAUUUAUAG